AAGGAUAUGGAAAUAUCUGUAAAAUUUCAGUGUAUCAAGAGUCUUUUUCCUCUCCAUUUUUUUUUUAGUCGACGAGACCUAGAGAUUGAGCGCCCUGUUCCUGGAAUAAAUGUUGUCACCCUUCAAUGCCCCGUCCUGCUGGUGGUCGGUGACAGUUCCCCAGCGGUGGACGCUGUGGUUGAAUGCAACUCAAAGCUGGACCCAACAAGGACCACACUUCUGAAGAUGGCUGACUGCGGUGGGCUCCCUCAAGUUUCCCAGCCUGCCAAGCUUGCAGAAGCUUUCAAAUACUUUGUUCAGGGAAUGGGAUACAUCCCUUCUGCUAGCAUGACCAGGCUGAUGAGGUCCCGCACCGCUUCUGGCUCCAGCGUAACCUCUUUGGAAGGACAGAGAAGCCGGUCUCACACCGGGGAAGGCACAAGGAGCCGGUCUCACACGGGGGAGGGAACAAGGAGCCGAUCUCACACCGGGGACGGUGCCAGGAACCGCUCCCAUACAGACACGCGCAUUGAGCUGACGCCAAACUCAGCGACCAACACUGAACAAUCGGGCCCCAAGUCCAUGGAAGUGUCCUGUUAGAUGGCUGUGGGAGGUGUAAACUGGUCGCAGUGUGAAAAAGUAAUGGAUGCCCCCUGUGUAUCACAAAAACAUAACUGGUAUUAAUCUCAAGCUAUUCUGUAGGAUGAACUCUGUUCACCAGGGUCUGACAGGGACCAAAGAAAAGAAGCAUCUCAUUUGCUCUAUCGUUAUUCUUGUAACUGAGACAGUUGCUGCUAUUGUGCCCUCCUUCAAUGGAUGCCAAAUUCUAAAGGAUACUUGCCAAAAGCUGAUGUGGUUGUAAACACUUCAGAGUCAAACCAGACUUGCUUAAUAUCCGCUUUUAAAAUCAAAGCUGUUACAUGGCCCUUUAUCUCUUAUUCUCUUGAAGUAAACUGGCACAAUUGGAGAUGAGUUUCAAAGAGGGGGAGAAAAAAAUCACUAUUAUGGAUGGCUUGUAAAGAAGGAAACAAAUGUGUUAUGGCCUCAUGUUGAAGCUGGAGUCAGAUUCAUUGUAUAUAGCUUGACUUCAAAUGAUAGAGAAGUUAAUGUAUCGUGCAUUUAUAGGCCUUCUAAUUCAUUAGUAUUCAAGCCUGUUUUCCUAUGUAUAAUAAUAUACUACUAAAAUAGGCGAUUUUAAUGUGACUUUGAGAUGAACUAAAUCUUUAAGCUUUUUUAUUUCACUUUUUUGAGAUUUAGUUCCAGUCUUCCUUUCCUUCCACCCUCC